AUGUUAUCGAACCUUUUCUGCAUCGCUACCGCGGCGGCGACCGCCGUGGCUGCAUCUGUAAAUGCUCGAGAUCAAUUUGAGUCGUCAGCAUAUGUCUCAAAAGACGUCAUUGAGCGAGACUUUGCCAUCAUUGGUGGCGGAGCAGCAGGAACAUAUGCAGCAAUCAGUUUGGCCGAUCAAAACAAAACCUUCACGCUGGUCGAAGUCUCAAACCGCCUUGGGGGCAACACCAGGACCUUUCACGACCCUGCAACUGGAGCCAAGGUCGACGUUGGUGUGCAGAUCCAUCUCGAUGAUCCCAUCGUUCGCGACUUUUUUGCCCGUUUGCAAUCCCCUCUGGUGAAGGCGGAUCUUAAAGACUUUGGCAAGCCAGAAUAUUACGACUUCACCAAGCGAGUUGUCCCAUCCAACUAUGUACGGAACAAUGUACAGGGCGAUUAUGUUGCCCAGCUCGACAAGUAUCCCUAUGUCGGAAAUCUCGUCGACCUGCCUAACCCUGUUCCUGCCGAUCUGCUCCUCACCUGGCCAGAAUUCGUCAAGAAAAACAACAUCUCUGUCGCCUCGGCGGAGGGAGGUCUCCAAUGGCCAGCGACCCCAGGAGAUCUCUUAGAUACUACUGCACUUGCUAUUCUUAAUGGUGGCAAUCAUGUCGAGUUGGCAGAGUUUACCGGAUCAUCUGUUCGUGGUGCAAAUCACGAUAACUCCAACAUUUACGUGAACGCUCUGGCCGAACUGAAACCAAAUGUGCUUCUUAACUCAACCGUCAUUGCAGCUUGCCGUGGAUUAUCUCGCAAGUCUGGCGUGCAGCUCGUGGUCAAGACCCCUUCUGGAAAGAAGCUCAUCAAGGCCAAACAGCUUAUCAUUGCUAUGCCGCCUGUAUUGGACAAUACCAAGUACUUUGGUCUCGACCAGCAGGAGCAAGCCAUUCUGAGCAAGCUAUCUGGCAAGCACUUCUACGGUGGCGUCGUAAACAACACUGGUAUUCCGGACGGCAUUGCUUAUACCAACAUCGGUGCCGACAGGCCGUAUCACGUGGCCAGUGUGCCCGGUGUAGUCGAGAUCGCCCCUUCGGCCUAUCCUGGCUACCAGUUCUACUGGUACAACACGGUUAAGGCUCAGACACGAGCGGAAAUUGAGAGCGCUACUCGAAGCACCAUCAAGUGGCUGCAGACUCAGAAAAAUGGGCCAGCCUUGGAGCCCCAGUUUGUAGACUUCCAGGACUACUCGCCCUUCCAUCUGAGCCCUCCCACAAAGGACAUAGCAAACGGCUGGUACAGCAAGAUGAACGGUCUUCAGGGCCAUAGGAACACUUGGUAUAUCAGUGCCUUGUUCGUCGUUGGCUCAACUCAGGUCUGGAACAACACUCGUACCAUCCUUCCGGAUAUCAUUACCGCUGCUGAGUCUUAG